CUCUCUCUUUUUUUUAACCCAGGUUCUGUUGGGUGUCUUAUAAAAGGAAGAGGUAUUGUGUCUGUUGAGUUAAUUGUGGUGUGUUGUGUUUGAGGUAUUGUGUCGAGUAAGCAUGCUCCGUUCAUCGCUCCGGUCGUUCUCGACGUCGGCGAGGGCGUCAAAGCAGCUGGAGAACCACAAGUUCCUCCCUCCGAACUCCUUCCUGGGAAGCUGGAAGGCGCCGCGGGACCCGAAGGAAGCGGAGGCGAAGCUGGCGAUGCUGAGAAGGGAUUACGCGAAGCAAAUGAAGGAGGUUCGAAAAGAGUACAUAAGAGAGAUGGAGGUGAUGAAGAUUGAGAAGGAGCGCAAGGACGAGGCUCGCAGGGAAGCCCUCAGAAUCGCCAACGAAGAGCGCAAGAAGCUCAAGGUUCAAGCCGCUCAGCUCAGAGCCCAAGAACGCGACAUCGAACGACAGCAGUUUCGACAAAUGCUGUUAAAAGAAAGAGCUGAGAAACUUGAAAACUGGAGGAUGAAAGUCAAAAUGCAUGCGAAGAAGAAAGAAGAUAAGAAAGAGUUAUUGCGCCGACAAAGUUCAAUGUGGAUUGAUGAAGAUAUACUUGAGAAAAGAGUUUUGGAAUCUAUUGGAGCUCCGCAAUUGUUUUGAGGUCUGUGAUAUCUUGUUAGUAGAAUUUAGUCCUAUGAAGCACCCUCAUAAGGAUAGUUCUUGCAUUUAUAGAAUUACAUUCCAGUUUCUACCCAAUGAUAUACUUUGGGGAUGUUCACUGUUUUGGUUUUGGGAUAAAGUGUUUUACUCAGCAUUACAAACUUUAAAUGAAAACCGUAUGCACUGGUUCAAAUCCUUCACUUAUUUGAUGUUUAUUGAUUUGUUAGGGUGCGGUUGAUCUCCAAAUGUUUGGGUUUUGUAAGUACGUGAAUGUGUCCUGGCUGGAGUCUAUUGUAUCUAGGCUUUGGUUUUCCCUUAACAAUUAGUUUUCAUUAAAAGUAUUAUGAAAAUGUAGUUAAGACUUAAAUA